GUGGCGCACCAGCUGUGCCGGUCGGGGGGCGGCGGCCGACAACCCGGCCCACGGGGAGGCCGAUGGCCAUCGGCAGCAGCUCCGAGCGUUCCACGGACCGCCGGAGACAACCGCUACCCGCCCCGCACAGAGCUCACUUCGUCGACACACGGCUGGACGGCCCGAUGGCCGUGCACGAGCCCCACCCGGGCCGCCAGUGCCGGUCGGUGUCGUUCGACGACGGCAAGCGUCGCGUGAUCGCCACCGACCUGGACCCGGAGGUGGACCCGCUCAAGCUCAAACCCAUCGUGGGCCGUGUGCCGACACCCCGGCCUUCGCGCACCGACUGCGCUGUGUCGGCCACGCCGCCCGACGAGCACGGCGAGAGCUCGCGGCCUCCCAGCGCCGCCUCGCAGACCAGCCUCUCCUCUCACGAGCCGCCGCCGCCCCAGCACAAGGACGAGCUGGCGCUGAACCCGGAGCUGCUGAUGAUGCGCCUCACGCUGGAGUGUGCCGGCGAGGCGGACAAGGAGCGGGUGGCCGACGAGGCGGUGAUGCGGCGAGAACGCGGCGAAGGGCUGACGGAGGACGCCCGCGCCGCCGCCAAGCUGCUGGCCGACGACCUGACCAGCGAGGGGGGCGGCAGCUGCCUCACCGAGUAGAGGAGCGCCUCGCACGAGCGCCCGCCCGCCGCCCGCCGACCGGCGGUUGAUGGCGGGCCCGGCGCCGAGCGAGGUCAUCGGUGAGGGACGCCCGUCGUCCCGCGCUGCCGCACGUCGUCUCUGAGAAGGAAGCCCCGUCUGCCUCGCCGCCGGUCGAGACCGCAGGGGCUCGUCGUCGUUAUCCGUCCACCUUGACCGCCUUUGCCCAAAUACAAUUCUUCU